GGAGACAGCUGCUUCUAGAAGUUUCUCUGGGUGGGCCCGUGAGGUGCUUGGUCGAGGCCUGCAUUUACUCUUGGCCCCGACCGCCGCCCUGUAGGAGGCGCUCUUUUGGUCCUGCUGAGGAAACAAGCUCACAUCUCCCUUUUGGAAUCCUUCUAGCAGUAGGAUGAGUCUGCAGUGGACUGCAGUUGCUACCUUCCUCUAUGCAGAGGUCUUUGCUGUGCUGCUUCUCUGCAUUCCCUUCAUUUCUCCCAAAAGCUCCUAUCGUUUUUGUCGUCUUCACAGAUGGCAGAAGAUUUUCAAGUCCCGCCUGGUGGAGUUGGUAGUGACCUACGGCAACACCUUCUUUGUGGUUCUCAUUGUCAUCCUCGUGCUGCUGGUCAUUGAUGCUGUGCGCGAGAUUUGGAAGUAUGACGACGUGACGGAGAAGGUGAACCUCCAGAACAAUCCGGGGGCCAUGGAACACUUCCACAUGAAGCUUUUCCGUGCCCAGAGGAAUCUCUACAUUGCUGGCUUUUCCUUGCUGCUGUCCUUCCUGCUCAGACGUCUGGUGACUCUCAUCUCUCAGCAGGCCACCCUGCUGGCCUCCAAUGAAGCCUUUAAAAAGCAGGCAGAGAGCGCUAGUGAGGCGGCCAAGAAGUACAUGGAAGAGAAUGACCAGCUGAAAAAGGAAACUGCUGUUGGUGGAGUCAAGUUGGAUGGCAGGGACGCUGAGGUGAAGGCGGGCGAAGAGAACAGGAGCCUGAAGGCUGAUCUGAAGAAGCUGAAGGAUGAGCUGGCCAUCAACAAGCAAAGCGGCGGUAGAUGGUCCCACGGACAAGAAGGAGGAAUGAGGGCCCUCCUCCCUGCCUGCGCUGGCUGCCACCUGGCCCGCGCUCGCUGCUUCCUGAGAGCCCUCGGUACUUCGGUUUGCUCCCUUCCGCUUCCUGGCCCCUUGCACCGCUUGCAGUUCCACGCUCUCCCAGCAUACCACAGGGACCCCGGUUUAUACCCGCUCAGGAUGAGCUUGCUGCCAUCCUGACCGGCCAGGAGCCUUUUGGGCACCUGUCACCUGGCAUGGUGGGACUUGCUGCCCGCUGGGUUGAGCCUCUUUUUGUGUUGCGUGUUGAUGUUCGGGGCUCCAAGGCCCCUUUUCUGUGGUCCUGCAGGAGGCGGGUGGAGCAGGCAGAGUAGAGUUUCUCUUGGGGGCAAUAAAGGUUGUUAUGAAGUGUC